AUGUCUCAGCCAAAUCCCAACGAGAGUAUUCAAGUUGAUACAAGUGAUGACGACUCACUCUUCGACACACAAUCUCUCGUGGGCUCCGAUCUAUCCUUCGCUUCCUCAGUCCGAGACUACUGCUAUGAAAAUGGCCGCCGCUAUCACGCCUACCGACACGGCCAAUACCCCCUCCCAAAUGACGAAGAAGAACAAGACCGACUAGCCCUCAUGCACCAUCUCUUCAAACUUCUCAGUGGCGGCGAUCUCCAUCGCGCCCCCUUGCCACGCGACCGAGAUCGCGGGGAUCGCGACCCGGAUAUAAGCUCCAGCUCCAGCAGCUCCAACUCAAUCUCAAACUCCGACCUCAGCGGCACCGGCACCGGCGAAUGGGCCCUCGAAAUGGCCGAAGACCUCCCCACAACAGACAUAAUAGGCACAGACCUAAGCCCCAUCCAACCAACCUGGGCCCCACCUAACUGUCGCUUCUUCAUCGACGACGCCGAAAGCGACUGGGCCUUCACGCCCGGCGAAGCCUUCGACUACAUCCACGCGCGCAGUCUCAGGCGGCGGGAUCGGCGACUGGCCGCGCCUCUUACGGCAGGCAUUCACGCACCUGAAGCCGGGAGGCUGGUUCGAGGCGCAGGAGAUCGACUGAGCCAGGCGAGUAAGCAGUUUGGGAAACCUGUUAAUGUUGCGCCUUUGAUCAUUGACUGGAUGGCGGCGGAGGGGUUUGAGAAUGUAACGGAUGACAUUUAUAAGUGCCCGGUCGGUGGGUGGGCUAAGAAUCGCCGACUCAAGGAAAUCGGUCGCGUGGGCAAGGUGACUAUACUUGAAGUCGUUGAGCCGUAUACGCUUGCCCUCUUUACGCGCGUGCUGGGCUUCUCUUUCCAGCAGGCGCAGGAGUUUAUGGAUCGAGUGCGCGCCGAGCUGGUGAGUAAUAAGUUCCACCUCUACAUUCGGUUUCACUUUGUCUACGGGCAGAAACCGCUCGAUGCGAGUUCGAGUUCGAAUGGGAAUGGCCAGGCUUCAUGA